CAGUAGUAUCGAUAAAACAGUCUGACGCAAAAGUGUCUGGCAGGCGUUUCUGUUUCGAAACUUAGAGCUCAGUACGAUUUGACGUGUCGUCGAAAGGCUGCGUGUAAUUUUUGCAGCAAGCGCGUCCGUUGUACGUCCUUGACCAUCGCGCUAAUUGCAUAACGUUAUUCUUGACCUUCGCGUAUUAUUCUGGAAACCACUUUAUUCGUUAGAUAGACGUGCGCUACCUGUACAAACGCGCCUUGUACUAAUCGAAAUCGGAUUGACAAUUCCUCGAGUCAAAAUCAAAUUUGGAAUUUCAGUUACUAUUUAAUUUACAUGUUAUUGUUUCUGUAGUAAGAAUUGAAUCCUGGGGUUUGGACUUGGGAGCGGACAGUUUCGUCAAAGAUAUCGAAAAUCCACGAAGCUUGAAGCGACAAUGAAAGGCUAAUCUUACACCGCCUGAGGAAAAGUCGUUGGAUGUGUCAAUACGCAUGAAAUUCUUAUCUGUAAACGCUGCAUUGUAUAUAAAAAUCGAUAAGAACAAAAUAUUUCCUCGUCAACGUGGAUCGGUCACGCAUAUGCCAAAUGAUCCCAGUGUAGUAUUUCGACACUGCUGAUUGAACCCACACACCCUGAGAAAUUUCCUCGCUUUCGUAACAUUUAAUUGGUUAUUCGCGCGCAAAAAUUAAAUCCCACGAUCAAAAUGUCUGCAAGCUUCCUGAUACGUUUGUCGGCUCGAAAACCUGCCCGGCAAUUGGCUAAAUUAUACUCAACUAGCGGAACCAGCCUGGACCAUCCUGACACGUUCGAUUUGGUGAUCGUGGGCGGAGGCAUAGUGGGAUGCGCAACUGGAAGAGAAAUGCUGACAAGACAUCCAGGAAUGAAAAUAGCGAUUGUCGAGAAAGAGAAGGACCUGGCGAUGCACCAAACCGGACAUAACAGUGGAGUGGUGCAUGCCGGUAUAUAUUACGCCCCGGGAAGUUUGAAGGCCAAGCUCUGCGUCGAGGGUGCAAAACUUUCGUACGAUUACUUUGACAAACAUGACGUUCCGUACAAGAAGGUGGGAAAGCUCAUUGUCGCCAAGGAUGAAAAAGAGGCGGUCAGAAUAGACGAACUCUUUGAUCGCGGGACGAAAAACAACGUUCCGGAUCUCGAAGUCGUUGGAAAAGAUCGUAUAAAAGAUUUCCAAACGAACAUUCAGGGCGAGAAAGCGCUCUGGUCACCCUGGACCGGUAUCGUAGACUGGGGAGCGGUCUGCAAGGUCUUCGGAGAUGAGUUCAAAAAAAUGGGGGGUGAAAUAUUCCUUAAUUCCGAGGUGACAGGGUUCACCGAAAUGAUAGAGUCCAAAGGCACACUUGGUAAACUGAUGCCAAUGGUUGUUCAUACCAAGAAUAACAAGCACAUUCCGACGAGGUUUGCUUUGACUUGUGCCGGAUUGCAUUCAGAUCGCGUUGCGAAGUUGACAGGAUGCGACGUGAAUCCAAGGAUCGUUCCGUUCCGAGGGGAGUACUUCAGGAUGUCGGACACGACGAAGUCCCUCGUUACAACGAACGUUUAUCCAGUCCCAGACGCCAGGUUCCCAUUUUUGGGCGUCCACUUUACGCCCAGAAUGUCCGGGGACGUGUGGAUAGGACCAAACGCCGUCUUAGCGUUGUCCAGAGAAGGCUACAGUUGGACACAAGUAAACUUGAGAGACUGCAUAGAGAUGGCAACAUUCCCAGGCUUGUAUAAGCUCUGCUUCAAGUACGCGCUUCCAGGGGCAAUGGAGAUGAUUAAAUCCGUAUUCCCUUCGCUAAUUGUGAAGGACUUGCAAAAAACUCUACCUGGAAUUACUGGGAAGGAUAUACUGAGCGACAAGGCUGGAGUCCGAGCACAGGCUUUGAAUAACAAGGGAGAGCUGGUGGAUGACUUUGUCUUUGACGGAGGAGAGGGUAGCAUUGGAAGCAGAGUAAUUCACUGUCGUAACGCUCCUUCACCAGCGGCGACGAGCAGUAUGGCCAUAGCAAAGUACAUUUCAAACAAGCUAGAAAACGAUUUCAAGUUGUAAAGAAAAUGUUUGAUGAUAGGACUGCUUAGUUUCUUAGUUUUCGAAUAAUUGUCUAUGAUUUUUUCGAUUUAGCAUAUUAUACGCGCAUCCAAAGAGAUAAUAAUUCUUUGCCAAAGAAUCUCACCGGAACUUACUCGUGUCCACUGAGAAAACGUCAAAUGUUGCAUUAGAGACCUAAGAAUUAUUGAAAAACAAAGUGAUCUUUGACGUAAAAUCCAUCUAUUUAUCAUCGGUAAUGAUAAUAACAAUACAAACCGUGAAACCUCAUCUGAUAUCA